UUCAUCUUCCAGAUCACCAUCCCUCAGCAACUUAAACUCCUCCCAAGACCUUCCCUCAAGAUGGAGGGUAAAAUGGUAAUUUUAGUCAUCGCUGUUACUUUCAUGGUGGGCAUCCAGUGUGCAGAGGUCCGUAAAGCCAAGUGCAAGGUGAAGUGGUUCCCACGGUGUUACCAAUCAGAGCACUACUGCCCUCCGGAGUGCCCUCACCACUGUGAGGUCGACUGUGCUGCAUGCAAGCCAGUAUGCAACUGCAACAAGCCCGGCGCUGUUUGUGAGGAUCCUCGCUUUGUCGGUGGUGAUGGCGUCGCUUUCUACUUCCACGGCAAGAAGAACCAGGAUUUCUGCCUCGUCUCAGACCCAGAUCUCCACAUCAACGCUCACUUCAUCGGCAAAUCUAAGGCCUCCAUGAAGCGUGAUUUCACCUGGGUCCAGUCGAUCGCCAUCCUCUUUGGGUCCCACAACCUUUUCAUUGGAGCCCACAAAGUUGCCAAGUGGGACGGUUCGUCGGACCACCUCUCUGUCAUUUUUGAUGGUCGCCCGGUGAACCUCCCACUCAGUGAGGGCUCAGAAUGGCGAGCCCAGGUGGACCCAGCCCUGACCAUGACCCGAACCCAUGAUACCAAUGAAGUUGUGGCAGAAGUGGCGGGAAAGUUCAAAAUUACAGCCAGGGUUGUCCCCAUAACCGCCGAGGAGUCUCGAGUUCAUGGCUAUGAAAUCACUGAUGAAGACUGCUUUGCUCAUUUGGACCUCAGGUUUAAAUUUUACUCACUGAGUGAAGAGGUCAGUGGAGUACUGGGCCAGACAUACAGAGAGGGGUACAAGAGCAGGGUGAAGAUGGGUGCGGCCAUGCCUAUAAUGGGAGGGGACCGUGAGUUUGCCACUACGAACCUGUUCGCAGCAGAUUGUGCCAUGGCAAGGUUCGAGGGCGGGGCUGCCAUCGGCGGCAACAUUUUGGCUGAUGAAUAUGCAGGGAUGCGGUGCGCGAGCGGGAUUGGUGGGCACGGAAUUGUUUGCAAGAAGUAAGAGAAACUGUGAUCUUAGGAGCUGUGAAUAAUGAGAGGAGCUCUGCAGUGUCACAUUGUUUGGCCUACUUCUCUCUCUCUCUCUACCAUGAACAAGGAGGAGGGCUCUGUGGAAGCACCUUGCUUCACUUGUGGUUGGCUCACGAAACCAGUGCAGCUGGUGCUCUCACCCUCUCCAUACCCCCCUUGGUUAUGUUUUUAUGUAAUGUUUGACUUGUGGGCAUGUGCUAGGGCUGAUACUGGCACAGACCUACAGAAUAAUGAAGUUGUUGAUGUCUAAUUGCUUGAG